AUGGUGGAGUCUACAGUGAUAUUGAUUUUAGUUGUAUGCAUUAUAUCCUGGAUAUUUACUAACAAUUUCUACAAUUAUUUCUAUUCAAAACCAAGAGAUUGUCAAGAUAUACAAAGUUAUGGACACAAUGAAACUGGUAUAUAUACAAUAUAUCCGGAAGGGGCUUUGGGAUUUCCUGUCAGGUGCGAUAUGGAUACUACUUCCGGUGCAUGGACAGUUAUACAACGACGUGUAUCAGCCAGUGACUUUUAUAAAACAUGGAACGAGUACCAGGUUGGAUUUGGUGAUCUGAAUGAGAAUUUCUGGCUCGGGAACCAGCAGAUUCACAUGAUAACUAAACAGGGAUGGUAUGAGCUACGUAUAGAUCUUACAAGUCCCGACAACGAAAAGGCAUUUGCAACGUAUCAAGUAUUUUAUACUGGUGAUGCUAAGACAGGAUAUGAACUAUUUGUUGAUGGAUAUAAAGGCACAGCAGGAGACAGUCUUGCGAUACAUAAUGGACAAAAAUUUACAACAAAAGACAGAGAUAAUGAUAUUUAUCGGAGUAACUGUGCAGUGGACAGUGUCGGUGCCUGGUGGUAUACAUCAUGCCACCAUUCAAAUUUAAAUGGUGACUAUGGUAAUACACAAUAUGCUAAAGGUCCGGACUGGUAUAAUUGGAAAGGAUACUAUGUUCCCAUGAAAACUACGGAAAUGAAGAUCCGUCGCUGGCAGUCUCGGGAUUGA